UUCAUGGACCGAAAAUGGCAGCUCCUGGGAUUUGGCUUAGUCCUAGGAGUAACCGGUCUCUGUGCUUCCUUUGUGGUCGGAAUGUAUUUUCAGCAUUUGGAUGCCAGAAAACGUUUACAGGAAAUUAUACAAAAAGAUCCUUAUGCCUACUAUGUUAGUCCAAAAAUUAAUGAAGUGUUUUCUUUCUUUGAGACCCACGAGGAAGCCGAUCACCGAAUGAGACAAAUCAUGAAAUACGGUUUUCCAGGCCUAGACGAUCUACGGCUUUACAGUGACUUUGUGCUUUCCUAUGAUCGUCGGAAUCGAGUGGCCCAUUGGGUGUGUGAACAUCUCCAGGUGGACAACAUCCAUUCCAAUCGGGGUAGACGCGGUCAAAAUCCAUACCAGGCAGAUAUGAGUGUUCCAUCCAACUUCCGCUCAGAGUUGACCGACUAUCGGAGAUCCGGUUUCGAUCGAGGACACUUGGCAGCCGCUGGAAAUCAUCAUUUAGAGCAAAAUCACUGCCAGGAUACAUUCUUUCUAACGAAUAUUGCCCCACAAAUUGGUCAAGGUUUUAAUCGAGGGGCAUGGAAUAAUUUAGAAAGAUAUGUUCGAAAUCUGGUCCAUCGAUUUGGAUCGGUUUUCGUUUGCACUGGUCCUCUUUAUAAACCCAAACAAAGACCAGGAGGCAAAUUGGGUGUGGAGUAUGAAAUGAUUGGUCUGAAUAUGGUGGCAGUUCCAACGCACUUCUUUAAGGUAAUCAUGGUGGAGUCAAAGCUUCAUCUGGGUAAACCCUAUAUGGAGGGCUAUGUGCUACCAAAUGCUCCCAUACCAGAUGGUCUGCCACUUCGAUCCUUCCUCUGUGACAUCCGGGAGAUUGAGCACUACGCAGGCCUCAAUUUCUUCGAUGGAUUGAGGAGAAGUGCCUUAUUUGGCAGUAAUUAUCCUAGUGAGUCGCAGGUUUUUCGGGAGUUCAGCUGA